AUGGCCGACCAGCCCUUCAGCCUGUCCGGGGGCUCCGGCGCCUUCCCGCUCCUCGGCCACCCCGCCUUCGGCCUGUUCGCCGCCGCCGCCGCCGACUCCGGCUCCGGACGCUCCGAGUUCGGAGGCCUGGGGACCCUGGGCGUGUCCGCUGCCCUUGGGGCCCAUCCUCAGCUGGGGGCCUUCCCAGACUGGUGGCGAGCCUCGGAGACCCGCGGCCUCAGCGCCCUCUUCCACCCCCUGCUGGGGCUGCCCCCCCUGUUCCCCCCCCCCUUCCACAACCACCACGCCUUCCAGCUCGGCCCCGCCCCAAACGACCACUCUGCCGCCGCCACCGCUGCUGCUAAAGGAACCAGGAGAGCUGUGAACGGGGGGGCGGUCCGAUCCCCCCCGGCUGGGAACGGGGCCCCUCACCGGGCCCCUCACCGGGCCCCCGCCCAGCGGGCCCUCUCCCUGGAGAGGAGCAGAGCCACCAGGAGCAGCCCGGGGGCUCCGGAGCAGCAGAGCCCGCAGAGAGAGCAGGCGUUGAGCCCCAGCCCGCCAGAGUGCGGCAGCCAAUCGGCUUCCUCCUUGGAGAGCUCCAGUGACGAUGGAGUGAGCAGCAGCGACCUGGACGACGAAGACGACGAGGAGGAGGACGAGGAGCUGUCCAGCGACAGCGACGACUCUGAGGACGCUCGAGGGAAGCUGAAGCCCCCCGCUCAGGGGGCGACCCCGGAGAGGAAGAGGAAGAGGGCGUCUGAAGGGGAGGAGGCGCGCGGUAGGAAGAGGUCUUCCUCCUCCUCCCACCCCCAGUCUUCCUCCCUGCCUCCAGCGAUGGUUCCGGCCCCCCACAGAGAGACCUCUGCCGGACCCCCGUCCUCCCACUGCUCCUCCCCCAUGCACUCCUCCUCGCCCAAGUCCCCGUCUCACCCCUCGUCCCCCACGCCUCCCUCGGGCCCCGCCUCCCCCUCACACAGAGCCAGGGCUCUGACCCAGCUCACCCAGCCCCCCACCCUCCAGGCCUCCACCCUGCAGCAGGGCUCCUUCAGACGGGCCCCCCCGGCCUCCCACAGAGGUCUGAGGAGGCGGCCUUCGUCUCCGCCCCCCUCCCCCUGGAGCCACACCAACCUGUUCCUGAGUGCGCUGACCAACGGGGCCCUGCCGCCCCCGCUGGACGUCCAGGACGCCCCCCUGGCCCUCACCACCAGGGCCCGCGCACCGGAGCCUCUUCCCCUGCCGGUGGACCUCUGCACCGGGGCCCGGAGGCCCCCCCCCUCCUCCGCCGCGGCCCACGGGCCCACCAGGGGCGGGCGCUCAGCUCCCUCGGACGCAGCCCUCAGGAGCACGGAGUCGGACAUCAGCAGCAGCAAGAACUCAGAAGACUCCCUGGAGGAGGAAGAGGACGACGAAGAGGAUGACGAGGAGGAGGACGGCAGCCUGUCGGACAGCAGUCUGGAGAGCGACUCGGACGUCUCGGAGGACGACCCCCCGGAUCGGGGGGGGCCGGAGGCGGACGCAGAGGGACCCCCUCCCACACUGAGGCGCUCCCUGUUCUGUCCCUCCUCCUCCUCCAGCUUCUCCCCCCUCAACCUCCAGCUCUCCAGGCCCCGCGACCCGCUGCCCCGGGCCCUGGAGGGCCCCACCACGGGGCCCCCUGCUGGCGCUCUGCCCUACGGCCCCCCCCCCACCUCCUCCACCUCCUCCACCGCUCCUGGAACAGGGAGGAGGAGGAGGGUGACUGACGAGCAGGUCCUCAGAGUUCCCCUUCAGUUCGGGUGGCAGAGGGAGACCCGUAUCCAGGCGCUGGGGGGCCGUCUGCAGGGAGAGGUGUCCUACUACGCCCCCUGUGGCAAGAAGCUGCGCCAGUACCCAGACGUCAUGAAGUACCUCUCCAGGAACGGGAUAACGCAGAUCACACGAGACAACUUCAGCUUCAGCACCAAGAUCAGAGUGGGAGACUUCUACCAAGGGAGGGAAGGACCACAGGGCUCCCAGUGGUUCCUGCUGGGGGAGGAGCAGGUUGCUCCAUGCAUCGUGGCCAUGGACGGGAGGCGGAGUCGGCAGGGACCGGGGCCAGCCCCCCGCCAACCCCCCCGCCACGGAGACAACGACAUCCAGGACGCCAGUGGACUAAAACUGCUACGCAAACUAGAAGCCCAAGAGAUCGCUCGGCAGGCCACUCAGAUCAAGGAGAUGAGGAAGCUGGAGAGGCUGGCGGUAGCCCGGGCAGCCAAGGAGGCCCGGAGACAGCAAGCGGUCCUGGCUGGAGAGGAGAGGAGGAAGAGGAAGGAGCAGAUGAAGAUUCAGAAGCAGCAGGAGAAGAUGCAGCGUGUGCAGCAGAUUCGGGCGGAGAAGGAGAUGCGUGCUCAGCACAUUCUGGAGGAGAGAAGGAACAGGAAGGCGGAAGCAGCCAAUGCCAAGGUAGAGGAGGCGGAGAGGCGAAGCCAGGAGAAGGAGGUGCGGAGACAGCAGGCCGUGGUACUGAAGCACCAGGAGUUGGAGAGGCAUAGACUAGAUAUGGUAUGGGAGAGGGAGAGACGCAGGCAGCAUCUCAUGCUCAUGAAGGCGUUGGAGGCUCGCAAGAAAGUGGAGGAGCGGGAGCGUGUGAAGCAGGAGAAGAAGGAUGAGAAGCGUCUGAACAAGGAGAGGCGGCUGGAGCUGAAGAGACUGGAGCUGGAGAAGGCCAAGGAGCUGAAGAAGCCCAACGAGGACAUGUGCCUCUCCGACCAUAAGAGCCUCCCGGAGCUGUCCCGUCUCCCCGGCCUGCCCCCUCCCGGCGCCGGCCCCUCCGACCUCCUGAUGGUGGUUCAGUUCCUGCACAGCUUCUCCGGGGUGCUGGGGCUGGACGGGCCCCCCCCGUCCCCCCGCCUGCUGAGGGAGGGGCUCCUGAACCGGGCCCCCGCCGCCGCCCGCGUCUCCGGCCUCCUGGUCAGCCUCCUGGCGGCCGCCGUGCGCGACCCGGGGCUCCCGGCCGGCCACAGGACCAAGACCCUGCUGGGGGAGCCCCUGGGCAGCGUGCGGCUGACGGGGGACAGCGUGUCGGAGGUCCUGCAGAUGUUCCUGGAGGCCCACGGGGAGCAGCCGGAGCUGGCCCUCCGCCUCAGGACCACGCCCUUCAGGGCGCUGCAUCCCGCCCACAAGGCCACCCUGCUGGCCGCGCUGGUCAACGAGCUCUGCUGCAGCAAGGCCGUGGUCAGUGAGAUCGACAGAACCAUCGACGCCAUGACCGGCCUGAGGAAGGACAAGUGGCGCAUCGAAGGACGGCUGCGCAAGCUGCGGAGUGCCCACGCUCGGGUGACGGGCAGGAAGGAGGGGGAGGGGCCGGGGGAGGGGCCGGGGGAGGGGCCAGCGGCGGGGGGGGCGGCCGCCGGACGGAGACCCAGGAGGAGAGAAGGAGACAGCGAGGAGGAAGAGGAGGACGACGACGAAAGCGAGGAGCAGGGAGAUGAGGAGGAGGACGAAGAGGAGGAGAGCAGAGGAGGAGGAGGAGGAGGAGGAGGAGGGAGGAAGGGGAGGAGGCUCUGUGAGGAAGAGGACGUCAGCCUCCAGUCAGCCACUGUGGAGGAGCUGGAGAAGCAGAUUGAGAAGUUAUCCAAACAACAGAGUCAGAUCCGGAGGAAGCUGUUUGACUCCUCCCACUCGCUGCGCUCCACGCCCUACGGCCAGGACCGCUACUGCCGCCGCUACUGGCUGCUGCCCCCCUGCGGAGGGCUGCUGCUGGAGGCCCCGGGGCCCGCAGACGGGUGUGUGGAGCUGAACGAGGAGGGAGAGAGAGGGUCCAGCCUUCAGGGGUUAAAGGUGAAGGAGGAGGAGGAGCCAGCCAUCAGCCCCGCCCCUCCGGAUCUCCUGCAGGCCCCGCCCCCCCAGAACCUCUUCCUGCUGAAGCCAUCCUCCCUCUCCAAGCUCAGCACGCUGCUGGAGGCCGGAGCCCCCCCGGGGGUCCUGGCGGGGGUCCCGUCAGAACCUGGGACCCGCGCCCCUGUAGGACGCCCCCCGGGGGUCCCGUUGGACCCCCCGGCGGAGCAGCUGCUCAGGGCCCUGACGGAGCGCGGCGCCCAGUGGUUCAGCCUGCUGCCCCGCUCCGCCUGCGACCACGCCUCCGUCACCUCCAGCAGCCCCCGGGACGCCUCGCCACCCUGCCUCUCCCCCCAGCCCCCCCCCCCCGCCCUCACUGACCCCCCUGGGGCCAGCAGCCUGCAGCUCUCUGCCCUCCAGGGGGGCGGGGCCUACGCAGGGCUGCCUUUCUUCCCGCCCUUCGGGCCCCUCCCCCCCCUGCUGGCGCUGGCCUAUCAGCAGCAGUACGAGGUCGGCGGGACCAGCAACCCCUUCCUGGUCCACGCCCCCCCGGCCCAGACCUCCAAUCUGACCCUGCCCAAACCCCCCGCCACCCUCGCCCCGGAGACCACCAGGACGCUGGACUACCCGGAGCCCAGAGCCAUCCCCGAGGACAUGGCAUGGGGCUGGUGGAGGGUGCGGGGCGUGGAGGAGCUGCGGGAGGUCGUGGCGGCGCUGCACAGCCGGGGAGUCCGAGAGAGGAUUCUGCAGAAACAGAUCCAGAAGAACAUGGAGUACCUGAGCCUAGCCUGGACCGGGACCUCGGAGGAGGCGUGGCCCCUGGAGGAGCAGGCGCUGGGCGGGGGGGAGCAGUGGUGUGUGGAGCAGCAGGCCAUGGAGGUGGACCUCAGCCUGCUGCAGCAGGUGGAGCACCUGGAGAGGAAGGUGUUCUCAGGGGGCCUGCAGAGCAAGAGCUACACCUCUAUAGACCAGGCGCUGGGCGGGGGGGAGCAGUGGUGUGUGGAGCAGCAGGCCAUGGAGGUGGACCUCAGCCUGCUGCAGCAGGUGGAGCACCUGGAGAGGAAGGUGUUCUCAGGGGGCCUGCAGAGCAAGGGAUGGCGACCCCCUGCGGUCCAGUCUGGGCGGGGGGACCUGGUCUACCACGAGCACCGAGGCGGUGUGGCGAGGAGGGCCGACAACCCGCUGGACAUAGCGGUGCUACGGCUGGGGGAGCUGGAGGCCCACAUAGAGAGGAGUGAGGAGGAGGCGGCCCCAGGCAUGAGGCUGUGGGGGCGGGCCCUGGCCGAGGUGCGUAGCUCCGCCCAGCUCUCCCUCUGCGUCCAGCAGCUGCAGAAGAGCCUGACCAGGGAGGGGGCCAUCAUGAAGGCUUGUUGCCAGCUGUGCGGCCGAGGGGACAACGAAGAUCUGCUGCUGCUGUGUGACGGCUGCGACCGUGGCCUCCACACCUACUGCCUCCGCCCCCGCAUCACCGCCAUCCCCGAGGGGGACUGGUUCUGCCCCGCCUGCCUCCCACUGGGCAGCACCCUGACCCCUCAGGAGCAGAGCCCAGCUGGGAACGCUGGGGCCGGAGAGACCGGGGAGACCGGAGAGACCGGGGAUACCGGGGAGACCGGAGAGACCGGAGAGACCGGAGAGACCGGGGAUACCGGGGAGACCGGGGAGACCGGAGAGACCGGAGAGACCGGAGAGACCAGAGAGACCGGAGAGACCAGAGAGACCAGAGAGACCAGAGAGACCGGAAAGACCGGAGAGACCGGAGAGACCAGAGAGACCAGAGAGACCAGAGAGACCGGAGAUACCGGGGUCAGCGGGCCGAUCCGUCCCCGGCGGGGGGCUGCCACAGCGGGGGAGGGCUCUGAGGACGAGGCCCCCAGCCCGGCUAGCAGUAGCAUCAGCAGCAGCACUAGCGUUAGCAUCAGCAGCAGCGUUAGCACCAGCAGCAGCACUAGCGUUAGCACCAGCAGCAGCACUAGCGUUAGCACCAGCAGCAGCAGCUCCGUGAGGAACGACAGGAAGGAGAGCAGGAAGAGGCGGGCUGAGGAGGACGGCUCAGCAGGAAGCCAGCAGGAAAGCCCCGCCCCCUGGGGCAGGAAGGGCAGGACGGCCAAUGACAACAAAGACAACGGGACCACGGACCUGUCCGCAUGCAGGGUGCUCCUGGGGGAGUUGGAGGCCCAUCAGGAUGCGUGGCCCUUCCUGCUGCCGGUGGACCAGCGGUCGGUCCCGGGCUACAGGAAGGUGAUCAGGAGGCCCAUGGACCUGAGCACCAUCAGAGGGAGGGUCAGCUCCAACCAGUACCCAGACCCUGAGGCCUUCCUCUCUGACCUGGCUCUGGUUCUUGAUAACUGUGAGCGGUUCAAUGAGGACCGCUCUGAGAUCGGCCGUGCCGGACUCCGGCUGAGGAGCUUCCUGGAGCGGCGCUGGGCCCAGCUGCUGCAGCAGAGCCUGUAGAACCUCUGGAACCUCUGGAACCUUCUGGAACCUCUGGAACCCUCUGGAACCUUCUGGAACCUCUGGAACCUUCUGGAACCUCUGGAACCUUCUGGAACCUUCUGGAACCUCUGGAACCGCUGGAACCUUCUGGAACCUCUGGAACCUCUGGAACCUCCUGCUCUCCGCCGCCGGCCGGGCCGCGGCCUGCCCCCCACCGCUCCGGCCAGCGGACCCCCACGUCUCCCUGGAGAUGAACCUCUAGAACCUUCUGAAUGUAUUUCCUGUUUGGACUAUUUAUAUCCUCUUUUGUUGUGUAAGAAAAUGGAGGUGAGGCGAACGUCACGGAAAACUACAAACAAGAUGGAGGCUGAAGUUUUUUGAGCAACAAGACAAUAAAAGUGUACAGCUCUCUGGUGCUCAGUGUGAAUGUGAGAGAGAGAGAGAGACUGUUUCUGAUACUCUGGUAUAUAUAUUAAUAUUGUGUAUUUGCUUCCAGCAGCUUCAUAAAGGAUGAUUCGGUGAACACAAGA